GCUCAUGAUGUGAUUAAACGUCUGCUCGAACACAGGGGUUCCCUGGAACAGAGAGAUCGUUAGAAAGAGAAAAAAAGGCGGGAGAGAGAGAGAUGGGGAAAAGAGAGGAGGAGCAGGAGAAAAUUCUGAAGGUAACGGGGAACAAGGCUCUUGGGAUGCUCUAACUUUACUGAAGAAAGCUGGUUUCUCUAUGUUGCUGCAGAGCCAUCGCUGAGAGGCCCGAAGCCUUGACUGCCCCAAAGCCAGUUUGGAUUUUGUUUGGUUGAUGCCGUUCUCGCUGUGGUGUAAGAAACUGGAUGACCUCAGACUAUACCUAUAGGGGCUCACUGUCUGCUCACUGAGAAGCUGCCAUCUCGGUGUCAACUUAUAGUCCUCCCUAGAGAGACUCCUUCUCCACCCGGUGUUGGCAGAACUCUCAGCUGAGGAUUACCUGAAUCAUUUAAUGUCCCGUGAGAUGCAAGAAAUCCUUGGUUGAAUUUCCAUGUGAAAUUAUGAUCCUGUUGCUAAAGUGAGGUGUUCUUCAAGAAGACACACUCUCACUGAAGAUUUGUGGUGGCCAUAUUGUCACUGUUCCCUGCAACACCGAAAGCACGCCGUCAUUUGGAACUAUGCCCAGUCCAUCUCCUCCCUCUCCGCCCUACCUUGCUCCCCACGCUGUUUUUUACGUUGGACUGCUGCUUCUGGUCCAUUGGGGGCCCUCAGAAGUCAGUUGCCAGAAUGACACAGAGCCAAUUGUGUUGGAAGGAAAAUGUCUAGUGGUGUGCGACUCCACCCCCUCUGCGGAGCCUUCGGGUAACGCCCUGGGCAUGUCGGUGAGGUCAGGAACAGGUCGGGUGGCAUUUUCGGCCAUCCGAAACACCAACCACGAACCCUCAGAGAUGAGCAACCGCACCAUGACCAUCUACUUUGACCAGAUCCUAGUAAAUGUUGGCAGCCAUUUUGAUCCGGCAAGGAGCAUCUUCGUGGCCCCUACAAAAGGUGUCUACAGUUUCAGCUUUCAUGUUGUCAAAGUUUACAACCGGCAGACAAUACAAGUAAGUCUGAUUCAUAACGGCUGGCCGGUGAUUUCGGCCUUUGCAGGCGAUCAGGACGUGACCAGGGAAGCUGCCACCAAUGCCGGGCUGGUGAUGAUGGAGAGAGGGGACAAGGCUUACCUCAAACUGGAGAGGGGGAACCUAAUGGGAGGGUGGAAGUACUCCACUUUCUCUGGGUUUCUGGUGUUCCCCUUGUAGAUUUAGGCUAAGGUAAGAUUAUAUUCUUGCCCUAGUCAAAAUGUGUGGAGGGGAGGCUGUAAAAUGAUCAGUGUUAUUUCACUGAAAAACGGAAGUAAUAAUGGACGCACAUUGAAUUCAAUCAAACCGCUUUGAUGCAUCGUUAUGUGCAUCGGAUCAAUGGGUCACUUAGCACCACGUAAUCCUGAAUGUAACUUCCAUUGCCAUUGCACUGUUAUUUGAUGUGUCGUGUUGUCGAUGCUUGCUAAAAACAACAGCUUGUCAGAGGUUUGUGAUUUUUUUUUUCAUGCAUGAAAUAUUUGGUAGCAAAUCUUUUUGGCAAUAAAGAAACGAUUGUGUC